AUGCCUUAUUCUUCCUGUUGUUUCAAGGGUUUCCGAUGGGAGGGGACUCCCGUCGGCCGAACCGAUAAACUCGCAAACCUCGACACUUAUAUCACUGGCGAUAACCCAGAUGCAGCCGUUCUCGUUAUCCACGACGUCUUCGGCUGGACGUUCCCUAACAUUCGUCUGCUGGCAGAUCAUUUCGCCAAAGAAGCCAAUGUGACGGCCUAUGUCCCUGACUUUUUCAACGGCGAGGUUCUCGAUUUCGACCUUUGCCGCCAAGAGAGAUAUGAAGAGGUUGGCUUGGAUGGAUUUGUUAAGCGGAAUUCUCGACAAAUUCGAGAGCCUGAAAUCAUCACGUUUGCAAAGCACCUGCGGGAGCGAUUUGCCCGCGUUGGAGCUGCUGGCUACUGCUUCGGCGGAUGGGCCGUCUUUCGGCUUGGAGCUAGAGAACACAACCCUCCGCUUGUAGAUUGCAUCAUUUCUGGCCACCCAUCCAAUUUGACCGAAGACGACAUCGACAACGUCGGCGUGCCGUUUCAGAUGCUCGCCCCGGAGGACGACUUUACCUAUACGCCUGAGCUUAAGCUAUAUACCUUCAAGCGGGCCCAGACUGCAGGCUUGCCGUUCGACUACCAGCACUUUCCCGGCGUUCGCCAUUCUUGUUUGACGCGAGGAGACGAUUCGAGACCAGGAGAGAAGGCGGCCAUGGUUCGAGGAAAAGAUGCAGCUGUUGCGUGGCUGCAGCGAUACAUUCACCCUGAAUAG